GCUUGUGGUCUCAGCCUGGCACGCGAGUUAAACGCAGAGGAAGAAGUAGAAUAACGGUUGAAAAAAGAGUCGCGAGUUUCAGUGGCUCCACGGUCGGCGGGUAUUUGAAGCUCGAGGCCGCUUUUAGUUUGACUGCUUUGUGUCCUUGUUGUUGAUAUUAGCAUCCAAUCAGCGUGUCUCAUGUGAUGAAGCUUAUUAUUGUCCCUGUGGGCUGUGUUCGCGUCAUUGUUAACUUUAGUAAAGACCCUUUCAGCCCGUGAGUUAAGGUGACUGCCACAGGAAUGACCACUUCACAGAAAUACCAGAACCCCAAAAACACAGCAGGACACUCUGACACAGAGUGGCUGACACCUGCUGUGUCUGAGAAGUUCCAGAGCCGUUUUGGAUGGCGGCCCAGCACAGCGGACAGUGGGGACACGGGACUGGGUUCCUCUGACCACACUGAAGAUAUCUGCAGCACUAGCAGCAGUCCAUCCUUCCAGCCCAUCCGCAGUCAGAUCCCCAUCCCCACCGCCCAUGUCAUGCCUUCCACGGCCGGAACUCUGGCCUCUAAGAUCAAGCCACAUGUUUCUGAAGAAACCCGGGCGUCCUCCAGCUCUUCCAGCUCUAAGUCAUCCCUCCCCAAAUCUGCAUCCUCCCCCAACCUGGAAGCUCAGCACGAUGGAAAUUUAGAGUUGAAUGCGGUCAAGCCUGAUUGCCUGAGCCGAUAUCUCAGCCUAGUAAACGGUCUCGACCACUCGCUCUUCCCCUCUGGAGAUCAGACGCGGCUGGAUGAAGCCCAGAAGUUUGAUGUACCUGCCAUGGAGCCAACGCUUAAUCAGUCGGCUCUGCUUGGGGGCCUUUGCCCUGAUGUACGGCAGCAGCUGCAAUUGACCGGGCUUGGGGACAUAACAGGCUUGCUGGAACAGACGUUUAAAGUCCUACCAGAGGCUAGGGCAGGUCUCGCUUGUCCUGUAGACCCAUACAGCCAAAGGAACAUUCAUCCAGGGUCAGGUGCCUCUGGCAGGAUGUUCUCCAUACCUCAGGGCCUGCAGACUCAUGCUCUCCUGAGGGACCAGUCCAACACAGGAGCUUAUGAUCCGUUGCUGCAGGAACGCUGUUGUGAGCUGGCCAGCUGGCAACAGCAGAAGCAGAAACUGGAGAGUCUGCGGCUACAGGUGGAACAAAUGCAGUUAAUGACUGGAGGAAGUGGACAGUAUGCAUCUCUGUAUCCAGCAACUCCUCAUACGGAGAACAGCAAGUGGGAUGCUAUCAUUAAAGCCAACGAGAACUUGCUGAAAGAGAAAGAACUUACCAUUGAAAGGCAGAAGCAGCAAAUGUCUCAGCUGGAACAGUGUCUCAGAGAGAGUGAGCUGCAGAUGCACAGUGCCCUCAUGGGACGUGGAGCCCCUUACGCCGAUGUGUGUCUGUUGAGACUACAGGAAGCCCAGCGGGAAAAUGCCUUUUUGCGAGCCCAGUUUGCCGAGCGCAACGACUGCUUUACCAAGGAGAAGCUAGAAGCAGACCGGAGACUGGGUGCAGUGGAAGCAGAAACGCAACGUCUGAACGAGGUCUCGAAAGAGAGCAGUGAAAAACAUGCAGAGGAGUUAAAGAAACAAGAGGAGAGGAUCCGCAGUCGGGACAAGCACAUCAACAGCUUGAAAAAGAAGUGCCAGAAGGAGUCGGAGCAGAACAGAGAAAAACAGCAGCGGAUUGAGACGCUCGAGCGAUAUCUGGCUGACCUCCCGACCAUGGAAGACUACCAGGCCCAGCACAAAAAGCUAGAGGAGGUAGAGGAGAGGGCAGCUCAGUUGCAGGCCACUGUCAGAGAUCUAGAAGUCCAACUGGAGGGGGCCUGCAGUGCUGUGCGCAACAAAGAGACACAACUGGAAGAACAGAGAUGCAAGGAGAGAGAACUACUUGCAACAGUCACCAGUCUCCAGAAUAGAGUGCAGGAGAGCCUUGAGGAUGGAGUGAGAUUGCCCUCUCUUGACAUAGAGAAGCUACGAGAAGAAAACACUACCUUUAAAGAUGAGCAGCAGCGACUCAAAAAGGUCAUUGAAAAACAACUCCGGAUAAUGGAGCAGCUGGGAUCAAAGAUCAGGACUCUGGAGGAGCAGCUCUCUCAGGAGGACUGCAGUAGUCAGGCCCUGCGAGAGGAGGUGGCAGAGAAAGAGGAGAGUCUGCUGCAGUUACGCACUGCUAUGAAGGAGCUUUCAGUGCAGAACCAGGAGCUGAUGGAACACAAUCUGACACUGCAAGAGCGUCUUCAGGGUGAGGAGCCGCCGAGUGGCCGUGGUUUGCUCCCCGUGGGAGCCCGGCUCACCCAGAGGCUGUAUGGAGAGAUGGCCGCCUGUCUGUGUGACCUCCGCUCCCUCUGCAACGUCCUCACCCAGCGGGCUCAGGGCCACGACCCAAACCUCUCCAUGCUGCUCGGCAUUGCAUCUCCCCCUCCAGUAGGAGAGCAGUGGGAGGACUGGUUGAGCCCCGAGGGGCUGCAGAAGAAGCUGCUUGAAGCUCAGCAACUCCGUCGAGACGUCGAGGAACUGAGAACCACAGUCUCUGACCACUAUGCUCAGGAUAUGGGAGAAAACUGCAUCACUCAGUGAGCUCGGACAGCACGGCUUGUGCUCAAUGAGGGUAACUCCACAUCACGAGUGCCUUUAAAGACACUACAAUCUCUACCUAAACAAAUCUUCUUCACGAAGGACUAACGACACUAAGGACAUUGUAAUCUCGCAAAACAGAGUGCUAUUUUUAUACAAAGGUUUCAUAAGAUAUUUUUCUAAGAUUCUGAUGACUUUGUGUGCGGUGGAAAGAGAAUGAUUUAAUAUAAACCUUUCCAUGUAUUUGGGAACGCCUGUGAUGAAGUUGACAAUCAACUGGAAAUAUCUAAUCUCUAACCUGUAGUUUCGCGUGAUGCUCGGUUGCGUGUAACGACAGGUCAUUAACUAGCAUCCAUAAUCUUACAGUAAACACAACGUGCCGCAUCAAACACAAAUCUAAGGCUAUGGAAAUAUUUGGCCACCUCUGGCUGUUUGAG